CGCGGCGCCGCGCGGAGCGCACCGCUGAGUCGACGGUCCUCUCGCGGGAGCCUUGCGAAGCCUUGUGAAGCGCUGUGCGGACGUGCGCGGGGUGCGUUGUGCUGCGGCAGGUGCGCGAGGACGGUGAGGAGCUGAGCUUGGGGACGCUGCGGACGCCGACGCAGACGCACUGCUGUGCACGAUGGGUCUGAAACAGAGCAAGCGAUCAUUCCAAGUGACGACAGGUUCACCAAAGAAGGGCGGCGUGGUUGACGCCAAGAUUGAGGUUGUUGAGGCAAAGGAAGACGCCCCGAACAAUGGCGACGUAACGCCGCAGCACACCAAGCCGGAGCAGCCCGGAGCAGACCAGAAUGGCGGCGGUGGCGACGCCGAGGUGAACGGCGAAAAUGGCAAGCAGGAAGCCAACGAGAAGGGGCAGCCGGAGGAGAAGAAGGUGAAAAAGAAGAGGAGCUUCCGUAGCUUCAGUUUCCUGCGGAGAGAGAAGAAACAGAAGGAGGUGAAGAACCAGAAUGCGAAGAAUGAUGACGCCAAGGUGGAGACGGAAGCCGCCACGGAGGAGAAGCCAGCCGAGGAGGCGCCCGCCGCCCCGCAGGAGGCCAAGGCUGAGGAAGCCGGCGCGCCGCCAGAGCGGAGGCGCCGAAGGAGGGAGGCGAUGCCGGCCCCGGCUGGCCGAGGAUCAUCUGUCAGGGCCGUUUGUCAGGAUCAUUUGUCAGGGCCGUCUGUCAGGAUCAACUUCAGGGUCAUCUGCUAG